GGGGUGAUUACAAAUAGGAGGCACUCACAAUUUUGCAAAAAAAAAAAACCAAAAAAAACUGGGAAGGAAGGCCAUAUGUACUUCCAAACAAAAGGAACAACUGAAGAAGCGAAGAAGAACUGAAGAUCCACCAGGAGGGGCACAUCUCUUUUUCGCGUUUUACGCACCUGAGAUGGGUUUCUUUUACAGCGGGUACCACAAGCCGAGUGGCAAGAACAUAAAAGACAGGAGAGCCCAAAUAUUUUACGUUUUGGGGUUGUUCAUGCUACCCAACAUCGUAACCUACGCAGGGAGCAACUACCACGUGUUGAAUUUCUUCAUUGACACCUUUAAGCCGAUUGAGGUGCCCAGGGAAGUGGACUUUGCAAUUAUUAAAAAGAUAUACCAUGAUAAGAAGCCCACCUCCAAGAGCGCAGAUUAUGAUGAGAAUACCAACGUGUAGGGGGGGGCAGCGGAACCAUCAGCGGAACUGUAAAUGCUAAUCUCAUUUGCUAGUGGAGAUAGCCCCCUCCCCCUGCUCCUAAGUAGCCAAGUGAGGAGCUAAGAGACAAUCGAGUUGUGUCCUCCGCUUUGCACACCGUUGUGUUUUUUUUUUCGUUCAUCACAUCGAUGUGUGUGCUAAAAAAGGGAAGAGACGUGAUGCUCCCCAGCAGAAAUGGGAGAAUACAUGCAGCGCAAUAUGGGAGCAGCUGUCAUAUGCGGACUAGCGUGACGGUAGCAGAACGUUGCCCAUAAGCGGACCGCUCUACAAUGUAACUCCCCCCUCCGUACCGGGACCCCGCGUACUUUGCUCCUUCCAUACGCACUCUGUGAUUGCUGCGCGGUGAGGGGAGUUAAAAAUGAAUGUAACUCCAUCGAGCGUGCGAACAUGUUAAGAUUUGAGCCAGACAGGAGCGCAUGCACAGGUGGGUCCAUGCGUAACUGAGUAU